CUUCUUUUGCGAAUGAGAAUAUCUGCCCCCCACUGCACCCGAUACUUGUCCCUCGAGGGUGGAUUGGAACAGAUACCGAUACGCUAAACUGUGCGUUGACAGACACCCCAACUCGCCUAUCAGGCGUCAGCUUUGGCAAUCUCGACUCCAUCCUUGCCUGCUAGUACUACUACCAGCGAGACUUGACAUGUAUAUCCGAUUUCUCUUCGAUUCUAUGGUGGAUCUCUUAACAUAUUAAUUGCCAAGUAGACCUGUUUGAACUAAAUGGCUUCCUUCGAAGAUCGAGUCCAAAAAGCAGUCGAUGCCCGUGAUAUCCCUGGCAUUGUUUUACUAGCCAGCGAUGUCAAUGGGAAUUUCAAAUACGAAAAAGCCUUCGGCCCCAAAACCCCUACCGAACCACUGGGCCUAAACGCAACCUUCAUCCUCGCCUCCUGCACCAAACUCAUGACCACAAUCGCCGCCCUACAAUGCGUUGAGCGGGGACAAAUUGGACUCGAUGAUCCUGUCUCCGCCAUCCUUCCUGAACUGAAAGAGAAAGAAAUCAUCACUGGAUUCAACGAGGAUGGCUCGUUAACUUACCGAAAAGCAAAGAAUGAAAUAACUCUCCGGCAUCUACUCUCCCACUCCUCCGGCCUCGGAUACCACACGAUGGACCCGCGGUACCACAAAUGGCGCAAAGAGCGAGGCGAAACUUUCUUCAUCAAAGGCUGGUCGAUCAUCCCUCGCAUCAACACGCCUCUUCUCUUCGAACCCGGAACAAGCUGGGCAUACGGCACUGGUCUUGACUGGGCCGGUAUUCUCGUUUCCCGUCUCAACAAGAUGAAUCUGGAGCAGUAUAUGCAGAAAUAUAUAUGGGCUCCACUGGGGAUCAAGAACAUCACUUUUCAUCAAGAGGAUCAUGAGGAUGUGAGGAAGAACUUGACCAAGAUGAGCAUUCGAAAAGGACUUGAGAACCCGAUGUUCGGUUUCCCGGUGAGGAGUGAGGAGAAAGUAGAUUGGACUGAUGAGACUCUGUAUGAUAUCCCGAUCGCGGAUGAAUAUGGCGGUGAAGGCGCCAUCGGCUCCGCAACGGAGUUUUUCAAGAUUCUUCAAUCGAUCCUUGAGGAUGACGGGAAAUUGUUGACAUCAGAGACGAUCGAGGAGAUGUUCAGCCCGCAGCUGAGCGAAGGCGGCGUGAAGGCUCUCGAUGAGUAUAACGCCCUGCCAUUCUACCAAGGUGGAGCCUUUGCGUCCGUGCAGAAUGGGACGAAGGUUACUUGGGGACUGGGAGGGUUGUUGUUUCUUGAGGACUAUUUUACGGGGAGGAAAAGGGGGACGCUGACGUGGAGUGGGAUGGCCAGUUGGACGAUUGAUAGGGAAACGGGGAUUUGUGCGUUGUAUGCGGGAAAUAUGUUGCCGUUUGGGGAUUUUGCGUCGGGGGAUAUGCAAAUUAAGUUUGAGAAAGAGAUGUAUGCGAGAGCUGUGAAGAGGUCGAUGUUGUAA